UCGAGAACCUGUCUGAAGUGUUAUUCCAGCGCUUCCUAGUCUUUACAUAGUCUUUUUCCCUAUAAUCAAGAAACGUCUCUCAAGUCGUGUUCCAACCAGAUGACUCCAUCUCUCUCUUGGACUGUUUCCUUCAUCCUCAGAAUAGGUGUCUGAGGGUCUUCAUCUCCGCUGGAAUCUUUACUUGCAAUUUGAUCAAGUCAGCUAUCCAAAAUGAGUUUUCAUUCAAGAACCACUUUACUUUGAGCUCGUAGCGGAAAGAGCAGAUUAACUUUCAGUUUCUCAUAUGGAGUCCCAUAUGCUUAGCCAUCAGCUGAGAAAGAUUGAUACCAAGUCGGAGCAUAUCCCGUUCGAGGGUCCACCUAUUCGGGAGCCAAUGCCGCCACUAGAGAGAGGUUCACUUGCUUACCUUGCCGGGUCACCAGGAGAGGUUGUGCAGAACAAGACCAAUAACCCGAUCUCUGCUAAGGAGCAAUACGGAUCGGAUAAGAGAGGAUCCAUCUUCUCGGGGGAGUCUAAAAGAAGACCACCACUUCCAUACGGAAAAGAUUCGAACCUGCAGUCUUCAGGUCAUGAGCCUGAUGAGUUUUCUUCCUCUACCCAGCGUCUUCCCCUUCUCUUUCUUUCACAAUUCCCACCUAGGUCCCCCGCUUUGUUAGCUUGGCCGGGAUAG